UUUAAAAUGAAAGUAAUUAUAGUUACCCUUCUGGCCAUUUCUAUUGCAAUGGCCAAUAUUAUUGAGUUCCAGAAGACUGAUAAUUCGCUAAAAGCUAUUAUUUCACAAGACGAUACUAAUAUUGGCUAUGGAUUCCAGGGAGACCAACUUGAUUCCUUGAAUAAAACAGUCUCUGUUGUAUGUGUCAAUACUGAUGAUGACUUCAAGCUUAGAGAUGGUAGCACAGCUUUUAUGUUGAGAAGUGGAAGAUGUAAUUGCUGGACAAAUCCUUGCCCAUGUGAUUUUAACGCAAUUUAUGGAACUACUUCUCUUUACAGCCAAGGAAUCUACAAAGAACACAACGAGAAGGUCUACACUCUUGAAGACUUGUCUAAAUCUAGUUUAGGAUCUACUUUCCCUGAUAUUGACGGAACUUUGAGCGGAUUAUUUACAAUGACUGAAGACCAAUAUGAUGAUGCUGAAUUCCCAGAUGAGAAGUCUGAAGACUUUGCUGUCUGCUUCUCUAAGAUUCAUGAAGAGAAUAUUGAUUCAACUCAAAUGCCAGAGUCUUUCAGACUGGCUGAUGGUUAUGAAAGAUCUAACAUUAUUGUGAAUACUUCGUAAAAAUUUGGA